GCGCCCAGGAAGUGGAUCGGCCAGGCCUCGGGGUGCGGCUCCGCCCCCACUUCCUCCGGCGGCUCCACCCCCGGCACAGGCGGCACAGAGUCCCCGUCCCGCCGAGGAGGAGAGGCCGCGCCCCGCGCCCCGCGCCGGAGUCCCCGCCGCCCGGCCCUGCGCCCGCGGGGAGGCCGUGCCCUGCGCUCCGCGAUGGCCUCGGCGCCGGGGCCCUGCCCGCCGCCCCCGGGGCUCCUCCGGGUCCUCCUCCCGCUCCUCCUCCCGCUCCUCCUGCCGCCGCUGCUGCCGCUCGGCGCCGCCUUCAACCUGGACGCCGAGCGCCCCGCCGAGUACGCGGGCCCCGCGGGCAGCUACUUCGGCUUCGCCGUGGACUUCUUCGCGCCGCGCGCGUCCCCCGUCUUCCUCCUGGUGGGCGCGCCCAAGGCCAACACCACGCAGCCGGGCAUCGUGGAGGGCGGCCAGGUCCUCAAGUGCGACUGGUCGUCCCAGCGCAGGUGCCAGCCCAUCGAGUUCGACGCCACAGGCAACAGAGACUUCGCCCGGGACGACCCGCUGGAGUUCAAGUCCCAUCAGUGGUUCGGCGCGUCGGUGAGGUCCAAGCAGGACAAGAUUUUGGCCUGCGCCCCGCUGUACCACUGGAGGACGGAGACCAAGCAGGAGCGCGAGCCUGUGGGCACCUGCUUCCUGCAGGACGGGGCGCGCACCGUGGAGUACGCCCCCUGCCGCUCAAAAAAUAUUGACGCUGACGGACAGGGCUUCUGUCAAGGAGGGUUCAGCAUCGACUUCACGAAAGCCGACAGAGUGCUCCUGGGCGGCCCUGGCAGCUUCUACUGGCAAGGCCAGCUCAUCUCGGACCAAGUGGCAGAAAUUGUCUCUAAAUACGACCCCAAGGUAUACAGUGUCAAGUACAGCAACCAGCUGGCGACGCGGACCGCGCAGGCCGUCUUCGACGACAGCUACCUGGGCUACUCCGUGGCGGUCGGCGACUUCAACGGCGAUGGCGUGGACGACUUUGUUUCCGGAGUUCCGAGAGCAGCGAGGACUUUGGGAAUGGUGUAUAUCUACGACGGGAAGAACAUGUCCUCCCUGUACAACUUCACCGGUGAGCAGGUACGCCGUUACACGUGUUUUCCAUUAACAUCUUACUGUCGGCGUCUCCGAAGGUCUCACAGCUCUUCUGGGCAAAUCCUAAUGGUGUGAUAUUCAAUAUGUAAUAAGUACUGGUCAGUAGUCAACACUACAGAUG